CGUGAAUUCGUGACGAGCGUUGGGCAGAGAUAACGAGUUUACGCCAGUUAAUUUGCAACACACACACACACAAAACACUAAAAACCACACACAUAAACACCAACAUAAAAAAAGAGUGCACAAAGUAAAGUUAAGGCAAUAAAGCAACAAAAAGUGCGAAACAAACGAAGGAAAAAACAAAAGCAACUAGGCAUCAAGUGCUGGGAAGUGCGUAAAUUGUGAAACGAGUUGUAUCCAUUGAGAAAACGCAAUGCGUCUCGACACUAACUCAAAUGUGGACUUCAAAGCGUUCGACUCCAGUUCCAGUUCCAGCACCAACUCAUGUCUCGUCAAAUUGGAUAACCUGGCCACCUGGGGUGGCUCACAGAAGACGGAUACACGGCUGCCCCUAACGGAUUAUUCGACGCUCGGCGGACCGCGUCACAAUUGCAGUCCCUUUCCCCUGUCCAAAGAUGUCAACAAUCGUCUGGUGAUUUGGGAUGGCGACAUGACCACACUGGAGGUGGAUGCCAUCACGAACAGCAGCGACGAAACCCUGACUGAAAGCAAUAGCAUAUCGGAGCGCAUUAUCGCCGUUGCCGGCAAUCAGCUCAAAGAGGAACUGAGCACAACCGUAAAGGAGUGCCGCAUUGGUGAUGUGCGCGUUACGCGUGGAUACAAUCUGCCAGCCAAGUAUGUUCUGCACACUGUUGCACCCGCCUACAAGGAGAAGCUCAAGACGGCCGCCGAGAAUGCGCUGCACUGUUGCUACAGAAACGUUCUCUGCAAGGCCAAGGAGCUGAAUCUGCGCACAAUCGCCGUGUGCAAUGUGAGUGGCAAUCAGAAGACCUUUCCAGCCGAUGUGGCCGCGCACAUUGCCCUGCGCACCAUUCGCCGCUUUCUGGACAAGUUUACACAGCAGGUUGUGAUACUGUGCGUCAAUAGCAGCGAGCGCGGCACCUAUGAGGUGCUGGCGCCGCUCUACUUCCCACGCGAUCAGCUGGAGGAGCGCAGUGCGCUCUGGCAGCUGCCCAAGGAUACGGGCGGCGAGCUGGGCGAGCCACAGCAUCCGGAUCCGGAUCGACAGAUACGCAUCAUACGCAAUCCGCAGCACAGUCACAGUGUGCACAUGCGUCAUCGGCAUGCUGACGACGAUUCAGACGUUAGUCCACACGACAUGGAGGGCAACAGCUCGGAUCUGGAGUAUGGCGCUCGGGACAUGAAUGGCCUCAGUCUCAAUUCCUACAGCAGCGGACUGCAGGCACAGCUACAGCGCGAUCUGGACAGGCAGCAUUUGCUGAGCGAUCGACCCAGAACUGGUGUCUAUGAGAGGGUCGUUGCCGAGGGCAUUGAAGGCAUGGAGCAUCAAGAGAGAUACGAACGCCUGCUGCAGCGCGCACAAGUUGAGGAUUUGAACGAGGUAUCUGGCAUCGGUUGUCUAUAUCAGAGCGGUGUGGAUCGUCUGGGACGACCCGUGAUUGUGUUCUGCGGCAAAUGGUUUCCAGCACACAAUCUUGACCUGGAGAAGGCGCUGUUAUAUCUGAUAAAGCUGCUCGAUCCGAUUGUCAAGGGCGACUAUGUCAUUGCCUACUUCCAUACACUCACAUCCACAAACAACUAUCCAUCGCUGCACUGGCUGCGCGAGGUCUACAGUGUCUUGCCAUAUAAAUACAAGAAGAAUCUGAAGGCCUUCUAUAUUGUGCAUCCCACGUUCUGGACUAAAAUGAUGACCUGGUGGUUCACCACAUUCAUGGCGCCCGCCAUUAAGGCCAAGGUGCACUCGCUGCCCGGCGUCGAGCACCUGUAUUCGGCCAUAACAAAGGAUCAGCUGGAAAUACCCGCCUAUAUAACCGAAUACGAUAUGGCGACCAAUGGCCUGCAUUAUUUCAAUCCCGUGCCGACUGCCUCGUAGAUGGCGGCCAUUGUGGCUGUCUAGACAGCUCUAACCACCACAAAUAUAUAGUUAUACAGGACAUAUAUACACUAAUACACAUACACCUACACAUACAUCGACACACAUAUACAUAUAUACAGAGAAAGGUAUAUUGAAAUUUUGUAUAAAUUUUAUAGAAUUGUACUCUUGUUUUCCCCAUUUUUUUUUAAUUGUAAGUCGAAAGUUUUGUUUUAUUGUUGACAAAAUAGAUUUUGUGUAGGUUUAAAGUUAAAACUAACCAAAAAUGGAACGCGAGCUGAUCAUGUGUAGAACUAGAAGAUAUAUUGACGAUAUAUAUGUAUAUAUACAAAUAUAUACUGUAAUCCGAAAAAGGCAAGAACAAAGGAAAUCCGCAACCUGAUAGCUAAAUUAAAAUGUAAUCCCAACAAAAAAUACAUCAUGAAAUUCAAAAAAAAAGGCUACAAAAUUUUGUUAAUUGAGAAUUCGAUUAGAGAGAAACUGUAGUUAAUCAAAAAUGAAGACAAGAAUUAAAUGCAAUUGUAUUACGGCCCGUGUGCUAACAGUUAGUACAUAUGCUAACUCUUAACUAAGAAAACAAAUACGUACAUACUAUAAAUUCAAUUGUAAUUAUACAAAAGGAAUCUAAUUACCAGAUUAUAUAUAUAUAUAUAUAUAUACAUAUAUUAAAUAUACACACUAAAAACCAAAAAAAAUAUAUAUAAAUAAAUAAAGUAAACAAAAUAUAUAUAUAGAUAUUUGUUGCAAUCAAUAAAACCGAAAAGAAAUCCCAACAAAAUGCAUAAUAUAUUUGAAAAUUGUUUAAAAUGGAGUCUUUUGUAGAUACAAACUUAUAAAAUGAACAAAUCUAAUGAAAUUAACUAAAACUAGAUUAGAGCUCACCGCAAUUGAAACACCAACUAAAAGAAGAACAACCUAACGAUUUCAAAAUGUUCAAUGUUAAAUGGUUUAAGCUAAAACACACACACACACACACACACACACACACACACACACCUUGUUAAUCUUCCAUGCACCUUUGCGCUCAAAAACAAAAAACCAAAAAAAGUCCAUCAAACUAACAAAUUACUUAACGUUUUUUCUCGACUUAACUAAAGCACAAUGCCACCAUUUUUGAGAUUGGUAAAAAAAAAGAAAAAAGAUAAUAUAUAUAUGUAAAGAAUUCGUAUCUUAGUGUAGUUAAUGGAUAAACCUUUUUCAAUUGGGGCAAAAAUUGGCGCAAUGAACGACAACCGAACCGAAUCAAUUCUAGAAUGCUGAAAACUGAGAAAACAAAAUCAAGGCGACAAAAUAUAAUUAUUAUUAAUUAAACUAGCACAAACAAUUACAAGACAAAGGAAAAACACCAAAUCAAGCAAGCAAAACAUUUAAUAGGAAAACCAAAAAAUAUAAAGCAAAAAAUGCACUCAGGGAUUGAUUUAAAAAGCAACCAAAAAAAUAUAUAUAUAACAAAUAUUUAGAUAAAAGAAGUACGCUUUUUGGAAGCACAGCAAAAAUAUCGUAAACCUUUUGCAAAUUCGGCUGCCUGGCUAGUACCUAAAACGUAGAAAUAAUUGAGAUAAUUUAAAGAGAGAGAGAGAGAGCUAGCAUUUAAUUGAUAUGAGAAUUAGCAAAUGUUUUUAGGCUCUUUUAUCAAUUAGAAAACUGUUAACUCAUCCAUCAUCAUAAACAAAACAAAAAAUCUAUGCCAAAAGCGAACUUAAACAUUUUGUAUUGCUAAAUUAACUAAAUUGUAUUUAUCUAGUUGGAAUGUGCAGCAAUUAAAUUGCUUCUAAUACAGAAUAUAUAUACAUAAAUAUAUAUAUAUAUAUUUAUAUUUUUGUCACUAACGCACACACACGCGCAUAACUAGAUCCCAAUCAUAUAUAUAUAUAGAUAUAUAUAAAGAAAGUGAGUUAAUAUAAGUGCGAAAUAUUCGACUAGCUGCAAUCCUUUUAACUACUACGACUACAGACUCUAAGCAAAAGCCCACAGAAUAUUAUUUUUACUACAAUAUUACAAAGAUAAUCAUAUACAUAGAAAAGUAAUUGAGAUAUUGUUGUUAUAAUGCUAAAAAUCGAGAGAUUUGACAGCAAUGCAUUUUGUAGGUAAAGCAUCCAGAAUUUGGUAUUCAGAAUUCGUAGUCACAUUAACUCGAGAUUUAAGCCAUAUCCAGAACCCAACUAUGCCAAGUGUUCCUUCUGAAAUUGUAUUUUUCGGAAUUUCCUAUUCGCUGUUUCUAGGUAUUUGUAGAUAAUUUAUAUAAUUUAGUAAUGAAGCCAACUAACUAGGAGAAUUUCUAUAGUUUAUUCUUUAUUUGAUUUGAUUUCGAUCCCGCACUUUUGCUUUUUAGUAAAUACCCUUUAUGAACGGUGAUUUGUUGCUAAAGAGAAAUUAAAUUAAUUGUACCUUACUCGAAAAUUCUGCGAUUGAAUUUAGUGUAGCAUAAUAUUGUAUUUUUAAAAUUCCUUAUACAUAGUUGUUAAACCAAAAUUCUAUAUAGUAUAUACAAAUGAAAAAAACAAAGUUAAUGAACAAAGAAAAAAAAACCAAAAAUGGAUUCAAGAUCAUGGCACAAAACGCAAAAAUGCAAAAAUUUAGUUAAGUUUUCCAAUAUGAAAUUCGAAUCCUCCUUUUCUUUUUGUAUAUAAUAUUUAUGUACGAAGCAACAAAUUUAAUUGGUAAAUUAAUAAUAAUAAUUAAUUAAUAAAAAGAACAUACGCUUUCGUUACAAUUAA